UAGGGAUAUAUCGUACAGGCAUGAUUCAUGUCUUGAUAACAGCAAUUUGUAUGUAUCUAAGCUUUCAAAUAUGUGCACCGGAUUUACAAGGUUUAAAACAGUUUAAAAUCAUUCAUAGUUCUUCUUUCCAAUGAAGACGGGUUAUGAAAAUGGCUUCCAGAUUCAUAAGCGAUUUUCAUGAUGAUCAAUAUGGUGAAAAUAUCCGUGAUGGCAUCGCAAGUCGGGGAAUAUCUCUUCUUCGAGCACCGGUUAGGCAAGAUGAUUUUAAAACAUAUUUAGAUAACCAACCAGAAUUGCUGGAACAUGACGGUUUGUCCACCACCCACUAUGUAAAUAAGCGAAAUAUAAAGCCAUGGGUGGAUCAAUUCCAUCCGGAAGCUAGGCAUCCAGAAGCUAGGAACCAGCUUUUGAACACGCAGUUUUAUGAUACUUUAGAGGCAUAUCACGGGAACCAUAUUCAUAUAAAUCGUGAUGAUAUAUUCACUCGUUCUUUUUCUCAACCAGACGAUAGGUCAGACGAGUUUAUAAAUGAGCGCGCUUUGUUAGAGAGGAGUUUAGCUUUAAACCGAUCUUUUUCACAACCUCAGCGCCGUGAGGAUAUAAAUAAAGCUAUCCACGAGGAAUUAAUGAACAAUCCAUGGGGAACAUACAGACGGACGCCGAAAAAACGUGACCGAUAUGCUAUAUAUAUCCCCGACACGGAAUAUAGUGAAGAACAGUUUGAAAGUGAUGUAUAUAAAAGCAACAUUGAAUUGAGAAUAAAAGCCCGUAGAGAAUCUGAUGAUUGGGAUAAAAAUUAUUGCACCGAUAGUGUAUAUGCAACGUACCGACGCGCACCACGCACGUUUCCUCGACUUGACGUUGCGGUUGACCGACAUGACAAAGCGGCAAGAGAUACACAUUACCACGGAGGAGUGACACGUGAUACCAGGCGUGAUGGACUAGUAUUAUCUAACCUGUCAAAAAUACCUAAUGAUGCUAUUCAUUCUAUGAAUAAUUCACUGGUGACCAGAAAUAAUGCGCGUGAAGCACUGGACAAACAAGACAGUGUACAACACCUAUUUCCCGUCCAACUUAACGAUGUUAAACUUGUGAAUAAAUCUCAAAAUGAAACAUGUGAUGAUAAAAUAAAUCAGACUGGAAUUUUGAAUAAAAGGAUAAAAAAUAACUUGUCAGAUGACAAAGGUAUAAAUGGAUUUCUAAAAAGAAAAUGCCGCGGUAGUCGUAACAGUAUGGCGACAGAUUCAAGUAAAAAGGACGACGAGAAGAAGCCGUUCUUCUACUGCAGAUGGGUCACAGAAUUCCCAAAGACGUUAUUUUUACUGACGCUUGGUGGACACAUUCUCAUUGCCCUGGUUACUGUUGUGCUGUUGUUUUCUAGUUAUGACCUCUUUCCAACCGAGUUCGAGUUUCUGCCAAUGUACGACCUGAAGGUUCCCUGGCUAAAACGAGAUUUUGCCUGGAGGUUCCGUCAUGAAUACAAAGGAAGGUACAUCCGUAAAUGGUAUAUACAGGGACUCAAUAAAUGGUACAGAUCUAUGGCAUACGACAGGGCCAACAUUGUUAUAUAUUACGACACAGGAGGUGGGAAUAUAUUCACCAAAGAAAAUCUUAAACGUAUGGAAGCCGUAGAGCAUGAGCUAGCAAAUAUGCGAAAUUAUAGUGACUUUUGCGAACAAUCUAUAUUAUUGAAGUGUAAAAAACUUACCUCAGUUUUACGUUACUUUGACGGGAAAUUCUCAAAGUGGAUUUCUACGUUUGCAGUGGCAAGUAUUCUGACUAGUUUCCUAUGCACAAAUAUCAUUUACCGAGUGGUCUUAGACUUCAGAUAUUUCGGGUUCUUUCACGUGAUCACCUUGUUUAUAAUUCUUGGAAUUGGGGCAGACGACUUAUUUGUUUUCUUAGACGUUUGGAAGAGUACAGAAUUUGAAUCUUAUCCUAGUUUAGCUCAUCGAUUAUCAUCGGCUUAUAAAAGAUCUAUGAAGAGUAUGUUCUUUACAUCGUUAACAACUACUGUAGCAUUUUUCGUGAGCGCCUUUUCACCUUUACUGGCAACAAAAUCUUUUGGAGUAUUCGCUGGAUUAUUAGUGAUAGUGAAUUACAUUUCAGUAGUUGUUUACUUUCCUACAGUCGUAAUACUGCAUCAUCUCUAUUUCAAAACAUGGGAAUGGCCUUGCAUAUCGUAUAUUUCAAGAAGAAUAACUGAUUUCAAAAGUGUUAAGUUUGAAAGAAAGGAAAAUACACUUAAAGAAAAUAAGCCACCGACUAAUACUAUUCAAACCAUAUUUGAUGACAACAGUGUUAUCGGUAGUGCAGGUAAUCGGUAUAACGUCGUUGGAAUGACAAAUGCCGCCUUUAAUGCCGAUAUAGAGGACGAUUAUGGAUUUAUUAAGUUCACAACUAAAAGUAGUAUUGGUCCUAACCCAACUGUUAAUAAAGAGACUGCAGUUAAAAGAGACUCGGUAGAUUCUGGUGUUACGUCAACAACUAGUUGGCAUACAACGGAUGGACAGAAACAGAAGAAACUGUUAGUGCGAUUUUUCAGGGAUUAUUACUUUAAGUUCGUAACACAUUGGUUGAUAAAAUGGAUUAUUUUGGUAGUUCUGUCAACACUUGUGGUCUUCUUUAUGUACUGUAUAUCAACGAUAGAGACGGAUAAUGAACCGGCUCAGUUUUAUCGGAAUUCUCACAACUAUGGCAAAGCUCUGGAUCUUGAUUUUCAUGGUUUUGUUGCUAAUAAAAACGACAGGAAUGUGGUAGUUUAUAUUGUAUGGGGUCUGAAGGAACGGGACAUGUCUGCGUGCCAUUUCUCAGAUGCUAGGUGCAUAGGGGUGGAGAGGUUUGACGACUCCUUCAAUCCAAACUCACAAGAGGCUCAACUAGCCAUUCAGAACUUCUGUAAGAAGCUGCAUAGCUUUGAUAACCUUGACAUUGAGCAUUUUAAGAUUCGGCGUGACUUUUCAACUGGCAAACCGGAAAUCAAAUGUUUUGCAACUGAUAUGGACCGCUGGUUUCAGAAAGAGGGCGUGCAAACAGGAGAAAAUUUGACGUUACCAUGGAACUACCGGAAGGCGAUCACGUUUAUGCAGUCUAGAAAUCUUAUGUACAACACCGUUAAAUUUAAUGAAACUUUUCCAAACGUAUACGAGAUCCCGGUCUCAUACUGGUUGAACGAUGGUUACCGGUUUAAAGACAGAGAAACAUUUGAUAAAUUUCAGAGUCUUAUUGGAGAAGCAACAAGUUAUUAUUCUACGCCUUUAAAAACAGAUUUCAGCGUGUUUUACGGUAACCGUUUAAUGUACCUUGGAGUGCAAGUAAACCUUACCCUCGGACGAUUCUCGUCCGGCUAUCCCGAGGGUAAACCGGUCAUGGAUAGAUGGGAAACAUUCGUUCAAAAUGAGGUAAAUGCAAUGCCUCCCGGAAUGCAGAAUGGAUUUCAGCUUACCAAAGAUUACUGGCAUAAUCUCUCUGUCCAAAAGACGUUAGAAGACAGCGCUAUUAUAGGUGUGGUGGUUGGAAUAUUACUGGCGUUUCCAAUCCUAACUCUUGCAACUCAAAACAUUCUGAUCGGGUUCUUUGCGACGCUCAGUAUUUGUUGCAGCACAAUUUGCGUGGUAGGGAUCAUACCAUUGACAGGCAAACUAGGGGUACUUGAAGCUCUGAAUAUGUGCAUGGUUGUUGGACUUACUGUUGACUACGUUGUUCAUCUAGCGGAAGGAUAUCAUAUGUCAAAACGAGACGACCGGAAGUCACGUGUACAGGAUAUGCUAGAGAUUAUGGGAAUAUCGGUCUUUUCCGGUGCCUGUACCACACUUGGCGCGUCCGUGUUCAUGUUUUUUGCUCAAAUUCAGUUCAUCAUAAGAUUCGGAAUGUUUAUGUUUAGCACGAUCGGAUUCUCUCUACUUUAUUCGUUGGCAUUUUUCACCACUAUAAUGGGAAUUCUUGGUCCAAACGGUAACCAGGGUGAUAUUAAAGUAAUUUGUAAUCAUGUUGCUAACAAAUGUAGGAGACUUCAUCGAAAGACAUGAACAAAUAUCGGGUAUGAAUAACUAGAACAUAUGUUUGGAAAAACAAAUCUAUAUUUUUUGAAAAUUCUAUUUUUACUUCAUGUUAUAGUGUGCUUUUUAUAUUUGUUUAACAAUUUUUUUUUUGCCUCUUUUAAAUAUUGUAUGCAACUUUGUUAUGUGAGAAAACAACGCUGACUGUUCGGACAACAGCAACAUGAUUUCUGAUCAAAUAUGAAUUUCUCCACAGCUAAGGUAACUUACAAUGCUGUUGUUUAUAAUAU